CGUUUGUCGCUUUGGGAGACUUUACAUCGCUAAGCAUCUAGCUCAUGUAAAUGAUGACUGAGCUUGCACUUGGUCGUUACUUUUGAAUGACGGUUUCAGUACCCAUUCGUAAUUUCUAUUUACUCUAGGUAACCAGUCAGUGAGCUACAUGGGCGGGAUAUUCAGUCGAAGCGUGUAUUUUUUUUUCCUUCAAAGAGAAUUCCAAAAAAGACAUCCAGACAGAGGAAAUCAGUGAAACAGGGAUUGUGAGCUGCUGGUGUGCAGAAGAUUAAGCAUUUAUUUGGUACCUGCCCUUCUUGUUAAGUUUCGUGUAGCCAACCCGUUAUUCUGUUAGGGAUUUUUGGUUUAUUUUGAAAAAAUGAAAAAUGAAUCUUGCAAAUGGAGAAACAUGAAAAAGUAAAAAGUAAAAAACGCAUCUUUGAAAACGGGUCUGAUUGCAGAAUACAUUUCCUGUGUUUGACAGCAGCAAGGACGGAGCAGAUAAGUCGUCCCAGUUUCAAAGAAACGCUCGUUUUGUUUCACGUUAUUAUUUGUAAUUGCUACGGGAUCUAUACAGUUUGAAAUUCUCAUUUAAAAAAAACAAAACAAAACAAAAAAAAAACGGAAUUAAGAUGUGUGACUUAAUGCCAGCCACGCAACCCACCGAAAAAAUUGGCAAAAUGAAAAAGUUGCGAAGAACUUUGUCAGAGAGUUUCAGCCGGAUUGCUUUCAAGAAAGAGGACAGUAACUUUGAUGAGAUAUGUGUCACAAAGAUGUCUACACGCAAUUGCCAGGGAAUGGAUUCCAAACCCCUGGACACCAUUCCUGAGGACAAGAAGGUCAGGGUUCAAAGGACGCAAAGCAGCUUUGACCCCUUUGAAAAGCCAGCCAAUCAAGUGAAGAGGGUCCAUUCAGAAAACAAUGCCUGCAUUAACUUCAAGGGAUCUUCCACAGGAAAGGAAUCCCCAAAACUCAGGCGACAUUCUAGCCCAAGCUCGCCAACAAGCCCAAAGUUUGGAAAAACAGACUCCUACGAAAAACUUGAAAAACUAGGAGAAGGGUCAUACGCUACAGUAUACAAGGGCAAGAGCAAGGUAAAUGGGAAGUUAGUUGCCCUUAAAAUGAUCAGGUUACAAGAAGAAGAAGGGACUCCUUUUACAGCAAUCAGGGAAGCCUCGCUUCUGAAAGGCCUGAAACACUCCAACAUAGUGCUGCUACACGACAUCAUCCACACAAAAGAGACAUUAACUCUGGUUUUCGAGUAUGUGCACACUGAUUUAUGCCAGUACAUGGACAAGCACCCCGGAGGUCUUAAUCCAGACAAUGUGAAGUUAUUUUUAUUUCAGUUGCUCCGGGGAUUGUCCUACACCCACCAGCGGUACAUUCUGCACAGGGACCUGAAACCUCAGAACCUGUUGAUCAGCGACACAGGAGAAUUGAAGCUUGCAGACUUCGGUCUUGCCAGAGCCAAGUCGGUCCCUAGCCACACAUACUCUAACGAGGUGGUAACCCUCUGGUACAGACCUCCAGAUGUUCUCCUGGGCUCCACAGACUACUCCACCAGCCUUGACAUGUGGGGAGUAGGAUGCAUCUUUGUAGAAAUGAUCCAAGGAAUUGCAGCAUUUCCAGGAAUGAAGGAUAUCCAAGACCAGCUUGAAAGGAUAUUUUUGAUUCUGGGGACCCCGACAGAGGAUAUAUGGCCAGGUGUCCACUCUUUGCCUCAUUUCAAGCCAGAAUUGUUUACCCAGUACAGUCAAAAAAAACUGAGGCAAGCGUGGAAUAAACUAGGUUAUGUUAAUCAUGCAGAGGAACUAGCCACCAGGUUCCUCCAGUGCUUCCCAAAGAACAGACUGUCAGCGCAGGCAGCCAUGAACCACGAGUACUUCAGUGAUCUUCCUCCACGACUCUGGGAGCUCUCUGACAUGUCCCCUGUUUUCACCGUUCACAACGUCAAGUUACAACCUGAAACAGGAGAUGGCAUAAGAGUUUGUGGAAAAACCAACAGUUACGGCAAAGGUUCAUCCAACAACCAACACUGACAGGACAACAUAUUCCUCAGAGCAGGAAUUCAGAUCCCUACUGUCAACAGUACAUAGGAGCAACUGAAGAAGCAAGGCAAUAAAGAAUGAAAAACACCUUUUUUUGGUUUAUAGAUUAUUUCAGUUGACAAGACUUCCCUCGUUCCCUACUGUGUGUCUAUACCCGUGUCUUAUGAUGUUGACAGUCAGAUUCCAGUGUGCAUGGAACACCUUCUGGUUUUAAUUGGUUGGUUGUGUAGUUUGUUUACUGUUACAUGUAAUUGAAAACGAUUUCUUACAGCGUACAGUAACAGUUAUUUAAUUGUUUUGUUAAUGGCUCUUUUCAUAAGCAGGCUUGUUAGUGUAUUUGAAUGUCACCAGUAAUUAUUUUACAUGAAACCAGCCCACUGUGACAAAAAGGCAUUACAUUAUUCUUUAUGCCAUUUUCUUUUUUAAAGGACCAGAAACUGGCCAAGUCAGGAAUAAUAAGUGUUUCUGACAGUGCUGUGGAAUAUGAUCAAGGUAAUAAUAAUUUAGUUUAUUCUUCAAACAGCAAAGGAAAGUAUUUUUUGGACAGCUCUAUACUAUAGUUAAGACUAAAUCAGUUUGAGGUUUUUGCAACCGCGAAAAUGUAUACUUAAAAUGUAUUGGGACAUACAGUAUAGGCUAUUAUUGUUAACGUUUUGUUUUUCAUACAUACUUAUAUAUAACAUGCAUAUUAUAUACUGUUGGUAAACAUGUAACCAUAUUUAUUACACAAAUAUUGAUAUCUAAUUAUACGUUAAAGCAGAGUUGAAUACAUUUUAAUAAAAUGUUGACAGUAGGAGAUCAUAUUUCCCUGAUUCAUUCAAUUUCCAACUUACUGGAAACCCUAAGGGAAUACUUUCCUCAUCGCCAAGAAAAGAAGCCCCCGCUGUGCAUGGUGAAGAUACAGAAAAUACACUCUCAUAUGUGAAGGAAUUUCAACCCAAUAGUGUGGGGGGGGGGGGGGGGUCUUAACCUGAAAUGGUAUAUUUGAAAAUAUUUUCUGGAUUAUGUAUUUUCCUGUGCAUAACAAACAAAUACAAGCCUGUUAACAUAUUAUGUUAUUUACACGUUAUGUAUGAAAGCAUAUUAGACAACCAAAUGUAAAGUGCCGUAAUGUUUAGGUGAGACAAGUGGCAAUCUAGCUCUUCACAAUCCCAUUUUCAGUCAUUGGCAAGUGUGCAUCAUUAACCACUACGAAAUCAGUGUUUUUAAAAAAUAAAAUGAAGAAUUCUGGCAACACUUUCCAACAGUUCAUAGCAGAAUUAUUAUAAACUAAUGAUCACUUCAUUGGAACUUCAGUAGUAAUUACUAUUAACAUUUAAGGUUGCAUACUAGUACUGGAGUAUCUAAAGCCAUUGAAUUUUCCAAGAAGAUUUUUUAUGGAGAAAAAAUAUUUUAAGAAAAUAACUACUAAGAUGUGUAGGAAUGAAAACAAAAGUUAAAUUGUAGGAAGCCUUGCCCCAUUGUUUGAAAUAUUAACAGGAGAAGAGAAGGACAUGUGCUUCUGAAACUGUAGUAAGGGAAUAGUACCUGCCAGAUGGGCCAAUAGCAAAUUGUAUUUCUGAACCAUGAAUAAAGCAGAGCAUUAUAACAUAUUAAAUAUAAAUUAGAAAGCAAAAUAAUACAGCCUAAUUGUCUCUUUCACCAAAGGAAUUUUAAAUGAAGGAAAAACAUUUAAAAAAAGGAAAUAAUGUAGUAUCAACACUAUGAUAGUUCUAAUGAUACAUCACGUAAACUAUAGCUAAAGAUCGUUUUAAUUCAGUUCAAGACUUUUACAUAGGAAAAAUAAUCAUACAAAAAACCCUCAUGUGAUUGCUGAGAUUCUUAUACUCAACACGUCAUGGAAUGUGUAGUCAGUAAUAUGUUAUUCUUGUAUUCCUAUGUUCAUCUGUGAAUAUUUUAUCAUUUUGUAACUUUUGUUAUAUACUGUUUAGGCUGUAUAUAGUGGGGUAAAAUAAAAAAUAAAAAAAGCAUUUAUUCCCUGUAAAACUAUGUAAUAGUGAUGCUUAAAUGUGUUGCAUUUUGGGUCAUGAAUAUCUCAGCUCUGAAAAAUGAGAAGAGAAACCGUAUCUGUUUUUUAUGGCCUUGUAAAUACCUUUGAGGCAUACACUUACGCACUGGGGAAUGCUAGUUUCUUAAAUAUGCGUCCCUGCUGUGUUCAAUACAGAACCUGCAUUAAGCUUCACUUACAAUUUGUAUGAUGCACUGAAAUGCAUACUUUCAGCAAGUGGUUUGGAGCAUUAAAAACAGUGUCGAUGCAGUGCAAGGGCCAUACACUUAGACUCCCUAGAAUGUAGUACAAUAGAAUAAAUGUUGCAUUAUUUGUUACAACCUAAAUGUAAUGUAAUUAUGGAAGAUGUAAUGUCCUUCUGUAACUGAUGUUUCUUGUUACAUUAAAAUAAAGUUUGAUCAAUGCCUCA